AAAGGCAAUCUGGUGAAUAAGAAAGCGCGUAAGGGGCAAAAGAGUGAGCAGAGGUGAGGUGGGGGUGAUCUCAGUCUGCCGGAACCUCAAAACCAAGGCGACAAAUCGUUGCCAGAUCUUCCUAAUUUCUCUAUCUAUUCAACAUACUGCAUAAAUAAACCCCCCAUCCCUCUCUCCACAUCUCUUUCAAUACACGAGCAUCCUAGGUGACGGUGAAACCAUGAAGAAUGAGAAGAAUUCAAAGUGAUGUGGAUGUAUGGUUGUCAACUUGGUUCCGAUUAUAAGAUCCAGUGUUUGACCAACUAUCUUCUUCAUUCAUUAUACGAUCACAGAAGACCCCCGUCUUCUGUGAUUUAGGGGACACUUCUAUUGGAUUUUACCAGUCACCUUUUUUGCAGUGUUUCCCGGGUUAGGUUUAUUGGUAGUGUUUUACAAUAUGCCAGCCAUACAGAAGCUUUAUAACGCCUGCAAAGUGUCUCUUUCUACUAAUGGGCCUAUAUCAGAAGAUGCUAUUGAGAAAGUUCGGAACUUAUUAGACAAAAUCAAGCCUUCCGAUGUUGGGCUUGAGCAGGAUGCGCAGCUAGCUCGCGGGUGGCCAAGCGCAGGAAAUGGACAAAAUGGUGGUCCUAGAGCGAUUCCACCUAUAAAAUAUCUACAUUUGUUUGAGUGUGACAGCUUUACCUUGGGAAUAUUUUGCAUGCCACCUUCUUCUAUCAUUCCUCUUCACAAUCACCCUGGAAUGACUGUGUUAAGCAAGCUCUUAUAUGGUUCCCUACAUGUAAAGUCUUAUGAUUGGCUUGACGUGCCUGGCCCGUCUGAUCAAUCACAAGCUGCUGAGAGACCUGCAAAGCUUGUUAAAGAUUGUGUUAUGACUGCACCUUGUGGAACAACAGUCCUUUAUCCAACUACCGGAGGCAACAUACAUUGUUUCAAGGCAAUCACUCCUUGUGCAAUCUUUGACAUUCUGUCACCACCUUACUCAUCUGAGGAUGGUCGGCAUUGCACUUACUUUCGCAGAUCUCCAAAAGAGGAUCUGCCAGGUAGCCUAGAAGUGGACGGGGUGACAGUAUCUGAGAUGACCUGGUUAGAAGAGUUUCAACCUUCUGAUGACUUUGUGAUUAGAAGAGGACAGUACAAAGGCCGUACUAUUAAAGCAUAAAAAAUUACGCCUCAACUCUGCUCCUUUACCCAUUUUUUGAUCUUCUCUAUAAUCUAUAUAUAAAAUUGAACUUAAGCCUUCACUGGGGCAGGUAUUGAUCUAAACUUUAGUUAUGUACUUCACAGCUGUGGGAAUAAUUAUUUUUGUUGGCAGAUGGCAAUAUAUCGUAGGUGUUUGAGUUGUA